AUGGCAAACCCAUUCCCAAUCAGAAGCCCCCUGAACAAGGAGAACACAAAUAAGGAUUAUUCAUAUACUUCACCUCUACGCUCAGAUGGCUCAGACUACCCUUGUAAAGGGUACCACAAAGACCCCUUCAAGCCCAUAGCGCAAUACAAGGCAGGAGGGGAGUAUUCUAUCGAAAUAGUCGGAGGCGCAUCCCACGGCGGUGGAUCGUGCCAGAUAUCCCUCUCCUACGACGCCGGACAGACCUUCAAGGCAAUAAAAUCGUUCAUCGGGAGUUGUCCGUUGACGAAACGGUACAAGUUCACUAUCCCAAGCAACGCACCCAGCGGGAAUGCUCUCCUCGCCUGGACAUGGUUCAACCGUUUGGGGAAUCGCGAGAUGUACAUGAACUGUGCACACAUCACGAUAUCUGGGUUGAGCGGUAGCUCGGCUGGCAACAGCAAGAUGGCCCUAUCGGGGCAAGCAACUGCACUCCAGGGGCUUCCAAACAUAUUCCUGGCCAACAUCAACCAGCCGUCUCAGUGCAAGACGGACCAGAGCAAGGAUGUCGUCUUUCCUUUCCCUGGGCAUGCUGUUGAAUACGGAUCUGGAACAAAGGGCGCUGCAGAAAAGGGGUAUGUAUGCUCCGGCAAAUUUGAAGCACCAGAACCUGCACCACCUUCGCUACCACCGACCCAACCACCAGCUCUGCCAUCCUCUAAAACAACAUCAACACCAUCAUCGACGUCUACAGCAACCUGCGUAUGCCCUCCGGCUGUGGUCAGCAGCACACAGGACCCACCAAAGCUGCCCCUUUCGACAUCAACCGCUACUGGAAAGGGCACGAAAGUCUGUCGUCGUCCAACUGCCUCGAAACCCUCGGCUCCGCCUCUUUAUCCAACCUCAUUAUCGGCAGAGCCCAGCAAUAGCACAUCCUGUAUUCCUGGGGACAUCAAAUGCGAGUCAGAUAGCUCAUUCCUCCUCUGUUCUGGCCCCGUCUUGGGAUAUAUUAAAAUAGAGCCGAUGGCAGGCAAGUUUCGGUGCUUAAACGAUUCAAUUCAAGUCACUAAAUCGGCCGCCAGCUCUACUUCGACACUACCUUAUGACUAG